AUGGUGAAGGCCGACCCGAAGCGCAACUAUUACGCCGACCUGGAGGUCGCGCCCGACGUCGACGCGGAAGAGAUCCGCAAACAAUUCCGCAAGCUUGCCCUCAAGUGGCACCCCGACCGAAACCCAGGCAGGGAGGCAGAAUGCGUGCCCAGGUUCCAGGCCAUCCAGGCCGCACACGAGAUUCUUGGUGAUCCUGCCGAGCGCACGCGCUACGACCUCGAGCGCAGGAAGAGAGGCGGCGGACCCGGCGUCUACACGCAGAGACAACCUGCUCCCCGCGGCAACCCCUACCAAGCUCAUUCCCAUUACCCGCCGCCGCCGCGUCGCACAGGUCCGCAACGGCCUGGUGCCACCAGCCAGCAGAAUGCUGGAUCCACCUACACCAACGCGUCGGCCUCGAGCGGCGCCAGCCGCUUCUCGAGUUUCCCGAAGCCACCGCCAACGCAGAGGAAGGAUGCAGAUCACCAGAAGGCGAACGUAUUUACAGCGUGGCAGAACAUGAAACCGAAGACGAACACGCAUACUUCUCAGGCCGAGUCGUCACACCAGCGAGCCAAGUCGGCAUGGGAACACACACAAGAGGCCAAUAAGCCUGGCGUAAACCGUAGCCAGAGCACUAGGGGACCCAAGAGGGGCGGCUUUGACCCUACCACGCCCGGAGCGGACGAGCCUCCAGCCGCAAGCACCUCGUCAUAUUUCACGACUUCCAACUACGGCAGACCCGUCCCUCCGCCUCCGCCCCCGCCUCGAGACCCUCCAGCAGCACACCCCCCGCAGCCGUCCGUGGAUCCGCUGAGGCAGUUCAAAGAGCAGUUCCAGCAGCAGGAAUCGGCUUAUCCUGAGGGCAUGCGAACAAGGACUCCGUAUAACUCUUCCAGCGGCGAGAGGACGUUCAUUGAUCCUGUGAGACGCUCUGCCAGCCAGCGAAGCUCGCCCCAAAGGGAUCCCGGCUCAGCCCACGCCGAUGUGAGCGGCGCCUCUGCUGCACGUCACCACAGUGCCAGUCCUCCCAGACGGAAGGGCAACGCCACCCGCCCCUUCGCCAUGUACAGCUCCAGUGAAGACGAUGAACCGCCGAAACCUACUCCGAAAGCAUCUCGACAGAAUAGGACAGGAAGCGUUGAUUCCAGCAGCCAGCCUACGCAAAGCAAUGGCUUCAACGCUAGUGAUAUGAACGGCGGCAUGGGCCAAAAAAGCAAAUCAUCAAUGUACGACCAUUUCUUCCCUGACAACCCAAGCAAAAGGGACAACCCUGUCACUCCCAACAUCAAAAUAAGGCCUAGAAAUUGGCCCUACUGGGCAGUUCCAUCUAGCUUGCCCCCACGAUACUCUUCUCAGAGGCCCCCUGCAGAGCCUGUGGGAAAGAUCAGAAAGCGCAGUGCCACUAACAGUGGCUCUCCUUCUCACCCUUCUCAGCGAUACCGCAACUCGAAACAUGCUAACCAAGACACCAGCUUCAGCAUUCCCAUCGACACGGAGACCUUCGCUCGAACGGACGGCGAGCAAUUCCCAGGUAACAGCGCGGAAAACAUCAACACGAAGUUUUCCCCCAAGGAUUGGCAUGGAAAGUUUGAGGGCAAACCCGACUAUUUUACCAAUCCGAUCCCUGCCACCGGGAACCGCGCGAAGAAGUCACCCACGAGACCGCCGAGCUCGAGAGCGAAUAGUAUGCACAAUCUAUCAUCCAUGCCUGGGGCCCAGAUGCCUCAGCCCACGCCUCCACUUACAGCUCAAACUCCUGGUGGAGAGCCUGGACCAGUUAGGUUUUCGCCGAAUGAAUGGGCAAAGACGUUCAAAGACCCCAGCUUCGUGUUGCCUACGGAACCGCCCAAAACAGCAUCUCCGGUGAAAGGACCGGCGCCGAUGAGAGGCAGGAAGCAAUCCAGGACACGGCCCGCUGGAGCUAAUGUCAAGCCAAAGCCAGCUAGUGUAGCGGAUGCUGAUGAGAGUAGCGAAGGUGCCGAAAGCACCAACGAUGCGGCCGCAACGGAUAGUAGCGCGAUGGACAUCGACCCUGUGCCGCCUGUACCUCAAACUAACGGAACCCAACGUCUGAAGAUAGUGCCUACGCCGAUCUCUCAGGCUCGCACUGCUCAGAGGGAGCAGGUGCAAGGCAAUACACAAGCUAAACCAGAGGAGACUGAUGAAUCGCUUCGGUUCAAGGAGUUUGCAAACGUUGCGCCGUUCACGUCGACGUCGCAGGAGGGACUGAGGAACCUGGAUGACCUUUCGCAAAACCUCCCGUUCGAGUCUCGUCCGGCUGCGUCGCACCCGACACGGUCAGCAGAGCCGGCUGCGCUCUCGCUCCCGCUACCGCCCAAAGCUCCCGAGAUACCCACGCAGCUGACCAUGGGUGUCUGGAGGGAGCUGCUGCCCAAGAUGGCCCUGUAUGUGAAGGGAUUCCAACAAUUUGACUCGUAUAUGCUCCAGCACUUUGCAGCGCGCCAGCAUGAGGUGGACGCAAUGGGGGGCGCGAUAAACUGGCUAGGGGCUGCGGGCGACUUGACAACGACGGGAGGGUUCAGCAGCUACAUGCGCGGCAUCAAGGAGGACGAAAGAGCGCGGGAGCAAUGGAAGGUUGGAUGGGAGAAGCACAGGAACGCAAUGGACUUGUUUGAAGCAGCGAGGGCUAGAGUGAUGAGGGGCGGCCUACCGGCUUGA